AACUCCCACACACUCAAACCGGGCAUGGAGUCUUCAUUCGAGGAAAAAAUGGACCUGAUCUUCUCUGCAUUCAUCUCCCUCACUGCACAGGAACAGGACGAAGCGUUGUCGCGUUUGCUUCGUCUGCCACAACUGAAAAAGAUCUACUCUGAAGUCUAUCCCUUAUUAUCCAUUGACUUUGUAUUAAUUUUGCCACAAGAGCUGGUAGAAAGAAUCUUUUCAUAUGUGUCUGCAGACGAUCUGUCCAGGAUGGCAUGCUGCAGCAAAACUUGGAGAGAAUUUACAAACACUGACAUUUUGUGGCAGCCAUUAUGUGCCCUUCAAAACUGGCUCAAUUUUGACACUGACCAACAACUCUUCUCCAAGAACCCGUAUAGUUACAGUCCCACAGGUCUCACAUCUCCAAGGUACAGCUCUGUCACCCUUUCUGAUUUUCCCUCUUUGUCCCCAACUUGCCGAUGGAAAGAAAUUUACAUUAGAGCUUGUCAUCUGAGUCAAAACUGGAUGUUGGGUAGAUAUACAGUUUUACCUUUACUUCGAGGCCAUCAAGAAAGAGUGGAUUGCCUCGAUUGUGAUGGAAAACGACUUGUUAGUGGAAGUUCAGACAAAACUGCCCGUGUAUGGGAUCUAUUCACUGCAAAUUGUCUACAUGUGCUGGAUAGUCAUACAGAUGCUGUAACAAGUGUUUGCAUAAAGGAUGAAGUCAUUGUAACCGGUUGUGCUGAUAGCUUGAUUCGAAUUUUCCAGACAGAAACUGGUAGUUGCCUACGAGCACUGAUGGGUCAUAACUCAGGAAUUGAUCAUCUCUGUUUUGAUGGAACACAGGUGGUCAGUGCCAGCUCGGAUAGAACUCUUCGAGUUUGGUUAAUUCAGGAUGGUCGCUGUAGGAAAGUUCUACGAGGUCAUGAAGAUGAGAUUCAGAGUGGACCUCAAGAAGGAUACUAG